AUGCUCUCAUCUCGCCUCCCUCGCAUGCAUGGGUACUCUCGCCUCACCUCGUAUCCACGUCGCGCUAUCUAUAUCCCUCUCCCCGUCGCUCGCUUUGAACUCGUUCGUUCGCGCUCACGGGAUGGAUCAUCUCGGCGCCAUUGCCUCAUUCUGCGCCUUGCGCGCUUCGCGUCCGCGCACGUUCGCUCGCACGAUGCUUCGCGGGCGCAAUCUCGUCCGCGACAGGCGGCGAUAUCCAUUUGGACGGGCCCUCUUCGCAGAGGCCCGGCCGUGAUACCUCUCUCGCCUAUCGUGUGGAUAGCGGAGUUGCUCAAGUGCGAUCGCGAGGCCGUUGACAGUCCUCGCGACUGUAGUCCAUUCCCCCCCAUCAGUCACAUGUGCAUCCAACCACGUGACCCAAGUCUUCUCAAGCUCCCGGCCAAACUCUCGGUUCUCGGUGCCUAG